UGAAAACAGACCUUCUUCACAGACUUCUGAGUAAAAUUUCCCAGGUCACACAGAGACUCCCGCUGGAUGUGGGCUAUUUGCAGUUUGUUUUAGGUCAUUGUCAGGCCAAGUUGAGAUGCCACAAGAUGUUGUAAAUGCAUUGACAGAGCUGUCAAUACUUGUCAAUGCAGAGGACAGCUCUAAUAUGAGUCUUUGUCAGGUGCCAGUGUUGCAAGCAGAAAUGGGACGGCCAAAAUAUGUUGUGUCACAUCAGCAACUACAAAGCCUGGUAGACAUGUCCCUACCAGUGUGAUGCAUUGCAAGACUUCUGGGUGUAUCUGAGAGGACAGUGAAACGGCACAUGCAUGAAUAUGACCUUUCCAUAAUGCAGUAUUACAGUACCUUAACUGAUGAACAACUUGACAAUUUGGUGAGGUCGGUGAAGGCCAGAACACCACAUGUAGGGUGCAGAAUGAUGAAAGGAAUCCUGCAGGCCAUGGGUCACCGUGUCCAGUGGAACAGGGUGUCUUCAUCCAUGCAUCGUGUAGACUCCGUUGUGGUACUCUCAAAACUGACAAGGUUGGGGUGUGUUGCAAGAAGGACUUAUUCUGUCCAGGGUCCUCUGCACUUGGUGCAUAUCAACACAAAUCAUAAGCUCAUCAGAUAUGGCCUUGUUAUUUUUGGAGGGAUUGAUGGCUUCUCACGAAAGAUCAUGUACCUAGGUGCUGCAACCAAUAAUAAAGCAUCCACUGCACUUGAUUUCUUCUUUGAGGCAGUGCAGAAGUAUGGCUUUCCAUUAAGAGUAAGAGGUGACCAAGGAGUGGAAAAUGUUGGUGUUGCGCGAUGCAUGUUCACCAUUAGAGGCUGUGGAAGGGAGAGUUUCCUGUCAGGAAAGAGUGUACACAACCAAAGGUAUGUUUUCUUUAUUGCCUGUGAAGUGGUCACACACAUCCAGAAGCCUCAACAUCAAAGAACACAAAACAUGAAGCAAAGGUCUGCACACUCUCUGGGCACUUAAUAUUUACCAGAUCCAAAUGUGAAAAAGAUGGUCAAAACAAAGAAACCACAUAAAACACCUAACAUGAAAGGCACAUAAUAGGGCACGUAUUAAACUCUUCUAAAUAAGUCAGUUCCACAUAGAUCAAAAGAAAUGUAUAUCUGACUGGAAGCCAUAAUAUAUUUAAUAUAGCUAGGUCCAGAUAUCACUAGAUAGUGUGCUUUUCACAGCCUGUGAGGCGGUUAUGUAUUUUAUAUGGUUUCUUGACUUUACUGUAUUUCUGUAUUUCAAGUGUUCUUACCACUGGAUAGAGUUAGGUUGAUUUCUGUUUUUACUAUUCUGGUGCGGUUUAGAAUCUCAAACCAGUUUAAUUUGAACUAACCGGUGGAACCAGCUCUUCUGUUUAUUUCUUGUCAUCGUUCAGUGUCCCUUUGGAGAGCAUCUGCUGCGUUCAAUGUGACUCCUCAAGGUUCGGUUUGGUGUUUGGCUGAAUAUCAAACCAGUUUGAACCGACCCAUUCCUACCACUGGAUCAUGUCCUAGUAUGUGACCAGAGUAUUAACAAUGGCAUCUUUAUAUCCGUCUUCUAGUCUAGGGAAGAGCAGUAGCUUGAACUUUCACUUACGGUUGUCCAAUAAAUUCAUCUAAAUUGGGCUACCUUUGUUCCAUGUUCCAUUUAUUUUUUACACAAGUUCAAGUGCAAGUUCAAAUGUACUGUACCCACUUGAAGAUAAUUUGAUGUUUUCUUUUAACAGAAUAGAACGUUUGUUGCGAGAUGUUUGGAUGACCGUUUCCAAUGUGUACUACGAGAUUCUUCACAGCCUUGAGGAUGAAGGUGUUCUAGAUCCUUCUGACAGCAUCCAUCUUUUCUGUGCCCAGCAUGUGUUUCUUCGACGUCUGCAGAGGGAUCUCGAUGUCUUCAGGGUGGGGUGGGAUAAUCGCCCUCUGAGAACAGAGCAGAAUCUGUCCCCGCAACUGUGGAUGAUGGGGCUCCUCCUGAAUCCUGUUGAUGCUCCAGACCUGACAGAG